AGUAUGAGUGACAAGUCGUGGACUGAGGAAUUCUUCUUCGAAUGGCCUCCUCCAGAGUGGAUCAAUGCAGUUUACGAUGAUAGGCAAGUUUUCAGGCCGUUUUCUCCUCCACAGGGAAAGUGGGUUUUGGGAAGGUCAGUGGGUACUGGUCGGCGCCCUAGUCAGGAUCAGAUUCAAGUUCUAUGGCUUCUCGUUCAGCACGACGGGAUGUAUAUGCGCAAAUAUGUGGCCAAAGUAUUCCCUGGCUACACUGAAGAGAAUGCAUACUCGCAACUGCGACGAGUUCCUCCACGCAUACCUAAGAAGCUUCAGGGGGUAAAAGAUGAACUCGACCCAUAUACUAACGAAGCUCGAGUAUACAGCCGCAUUAAUGCGUUGUGUCCAAGCUCCCAAAGGAUAUAUUUUCCUGAGUUUCAUGGUGUCAUGACCGAUCUCGAUAUAUCCAAGUUCACCUGCGGUUAUGUUAACCGUCGAGCUGUUAUCCUCGAACUUAUCAGGCCAAGGCUUGCAUCACGACGAAUCCUAGCAGCAUGUACAGAAAGGAACCUUGAAUUCAAGAAUCGUCUCAGUGCUUUAGGGUUCCUCAGUGUUUUCGAACUGGAAUACUACAUUAGUCUUUUCCAUGACCGUAUUCGCCGUCUUUUGGCAUUACACAGACUCGGAAUCACUCAUGGUGAUGUACGAGAUGAUCAUUUCAGGCUUUCGGGGGACUUCCAUGAUACAGUCUUGUAUGACUUUUCCGUUUCGUACACAUUCUCUCCGGUUACACCUUACCUGAUCAAUUUUCGUCGACCACGUUCUUUGAAGGAUAUAUCUGAGAGCGAACAGGCAAUGGUCAGGGAGGAUAUAAUUGAACGGGCCGAAAAACUAGAUUUCCGUGAAUAUCUUGUUAAGUCCACCGGGAGUACCGAGUCAGCGAUCGUGGAUGCGCUCUUCCAACCUCUUGAAGAUGAAAUAUUGGAGUUGAUAAUCCUAAGAGUGAAAUUCCGUCCCGAUGUCUUCUCUAUGCCAUCAGUAAAUUCAGUCUUUCCUUUUCUUGAAUGUCUUUGCCCGACGGAUGAUUGCACGUGGCAUAUCCGUAGAGGUCGGCUGCUGGAAUCCUAUACGCCAAUUUGGGUAAUGUCCAUAGCGGAUAGUUCAGGCCAAACCGUCAUGGACUUUACUUCCGACCGGAACUGUGCUCAAAACCGGGAGGACGCAAAGGUCAGAUACUUACUUUGCUUAAUACCUAAGAAAUGGGGACUGGAAGGUGUCCGCAGUCCACUCGUGAGUAUCUGCUCGUCCUUGCCGCGUAAUGAUCACGGCUGCAUCAAGACCUGGCUGGAUUUUACGAACUAUAUCUGA